AUGAUUAAAGAACAAGAGAGAAAAAAUUGUGAAGCCCUAACAAAGGAGAAUAAGGAAUCAGGAACUUAUCAACCCCGCAAGGGUUGUAUGUUUAGUUCGGAAACUCCUAGAUCCAAACUCUCUACUCUCGCAACCGCCAAUCUGCCAUCUGUCAUCCCAACGGCUGCAAAGCCCUCGUCCAAAAGCGAGGUAAUCAAAAUAAGAUCCGAAACUACGGUUACAGAAUUCCCUGACAAAGCCAUUAGUACGCUUUCCAUUAACACCAUGGCAAACACACCAUCUACCCCUAGGUCAAUCGCUUCAACGAUAGUUCCCAUUUGUGAAUCUCAACCCAUUUACAUUAAAAGCUCCAAGCCAAAAGCUUAUCCCCCAAAUGAGCCAGUGUUUCCGAGACCCAAAGUUGCUACGAGCCCCAACUCGAUGUGCACUCUUGAGGUAUCGGAACGGAGUCAAGGUGUACAUGGUGAAGAAGAACGCAUUAAGUACUACGUCCAGCAUGAUUUUGAGGAAGACGUGACAUUGCUUGCAAAUAAUUUGUUUUUCUGGAAUGACGUUGGACGUAUUGUAAAACAGGACUACGCUGAAUGCAAAGUAAUAAGGAAACGCCUUAGAGCAUCCUAUGGCACGUAUAGGAAGAGAGGUAUUAACAGAGUGAAGAACAAAUUGAAAACAAAAACAAAAGUUCUGUUUGGGCGGCUGUUUAAAGGCGACAAAAAUCCAGAUCCAGCUCCCGAGCAUCACAUUGAGAACCUCGAGUAUGAUGAUCCUGCUGGUUUUACAGCAGCAGCGGUGAAAUACUAUACAACUGUUAUCCGUGAGGAGAAAGCGUGGCGCAAGUACGCACACAGUCUGGGCAAGUCAUCCAGGUACGACACUCAUAUGAGACAAAAUAUGGAGGCCAACCACUACAACGGUAGUGCUGCCAAUGCCGUCAGAACGAUAGUCAAUGAGAUAACGGAGAACGUGUGGGAAAAAAUGAGUCUCAUUCACAAGUAUCAUGAAAACAAUAUUCACACACUGACCCAGGUAAAAAAGGACCUCCAACGCGGAUAUGAGAUGAGGUUUGUUAUGGAGCACUCUAAGAAUCCAGCCCUUAAAAGAAAGGUCGAAGCUGAGUACCAACUGUUCAAGGAAAGGGAACUCAAGAAUCUUCAUCAGGUGCUCCAAAAAGCGGAAGAUGCCAGCAAAGAGCAUAUGACCGAAGUGCAGCGUUUCUCGCGUAUUAUUGCUCAGAAAAAGGCACUCUACAAGGGCAUAGGGCAGCUGGAUUGUCGUGAUCCCAUUGAGAUCAAGCUAAGGGAUUCUUUUGAACUACUCAAGAGUCUAUUCGUGAGAUGGUAA